GGUCCCGGGGCGGUGCUCGGAGGCUCCGCGGCCGCCGGGGCCGGGCAGAGCCGCCCGCAGCGCACCAUGAGCGGCCGCGUCGGGGACCUGAGCCCGCGGCAGGCGGAGGUGCUGGCCCAGUUCCGGGAGAAGCUGCAGGACGUGCUGCCCUCCCUGCCCGCUCAGGACGACUAUUUCCUUCUGAAAUGGCUCCGAGCGCGCUGCUUCGACCUGCCCAAGGCAGAGGCGAUGCUCCGCAAGCACCUCGAGGUCCGCAAGCGCAUGGACGCCGACAACAUCAUCGCCUGGGAGGCACCUGAGGUGAUCCGCAAGUACAUGUCCGGGGGGAUGUGCGGCUACGACCGCGAGGGCAGCCCGGUGUGCUACGAGAUCAUCGGGCCGCUGGACGCCAAGGGGCUGCUCUUCUCUGCCUCCAAGCAGGACCUGCUCAAGAACAAGUUCCGGGACUGCGAGGUGCUGCGGCACGAGUGCGAGCAGCAGACCCAAAAGCUGGGCAAGAAGGUGGAGAUGGUGAUGAUGAUCUACGACUGCGAGGGCCUGGGCCUGAAGCACCUCUGGAAACCAGCUGUGGAGGCGUACGGGGAGCUCCUGUCCAUGUUCGAGGAGAACUUCCCGGAGUCCCUCAAGCGCCUGUUUAUUGUGAAGGCCCCCAAGAUCUUCCCCGUGGCCUACAACCUGGUCAAGCACUUCCUGAGCGAGGACACGCGCAAGAAGGUCGUGGUGCUGGGAUCCAACUGGAAGGAGGUCCUGCAGAAGUACAUCGACCCUGACCAGAUCCCAGUGGAGUACGGGGGCACCAUGACGGACCCCGACGGGGACCCCAAAUGCUCCAGCAAGAUCAACUACGGGGGGGACGUGCCGCAGAGCUACUACGUGCGGGACCAGCUGGCGCAGCAGUACGAGCACUCGGUGGUGGUCAACCGGGGGUCGUCCCACCAGGUGGAGUACGAGAUCCUCUUCCCCGGCUGCGUGCUCAGGUGGCAGUUCCGCUCGGAGGGCGCCGACGUGGGUUUCGGGGUGUACAUGAAGACCAAGAUCGGGGAGCGGCAGCGGGCGGGCGACAUGACCGAGGUGCUCCCCAACCAGCGCUACAACGCCCACAUGGUGCCUGAGGACGGCUCCCUCACCUGCUCCACGCCCGGCAUCUACGUGCUGCGGUUCGACAACACGUACAGCUUCCUCCACUCCAAGAAGGUGAGCUACACCGUGGAGGUGCUGCUGCCCGACACCGCCUCGGCACAGCAGAUCCAGCAGCUGGGGGACCGGCUGGGCGAGGUGUCCCUGAACCACAGCCCAUAGACCCCCCCGCCGGGCCCCCAGGAUGGCCGGGAGCUCCCCCGGAGGAGGACGGAGCCGGGGCUGAGCCCCGGAGCUGACGGACUGAGGCGAGGGCUGAGCGCGGCCGGAGGGGGCCGAGCGCCCGCAGCCCCCCCCAUCUCUGUGCCUUACGUGGGUCCUGCGCCCACCCACUGCUGCUGCUGCCUGGGGUGGGGAGUAAAGGGACGGACUGAG